GGCUCUCACGGUAACCAAACCAGCCAAUGAGCCCGCCUUCCGCCCUGAGUUUCCUUCCCUCGGGCUGUUCCUCCUGGGUUCACUUCGGACCCUAAAAACGCCAUAAACAAAGAGCAGAGUGACGGUGAGGGAAGGGGGAGCCCCAGGGCGGCAAACGUUGCCAGCCUAAAGAGAGCCUUCAAAGGGUCGGGGGCGCCCGCCGCCUUCCAUUGCGCCUCCCGCGUCGGGAGCGGCCGGCCGGGCGGAGCCUCCGUUGCCACGGCCACCGCGUGGCGGCUUGUGGCGUCCGAGGAGCCCCGAGAUGAACAGGAAGAAGCAGCAGAAGCUCGCCGAGUCGCUGUGCAGAACCGCGAGGCACUUCAAUAAAUUUGAAGUGGAAUGUCUCAUAAAGCUUUUCAACAACUUGGGGGUUGAACCCAGUGACCGGCAUGGUGCUGUUGGUUUGGAUCGUAACUCAUUUCGAAAUAUCCUGCAUGUCACAUUUGGUAUGACAGAUGACAUGAUUAUGGACAGAGUGUUCCGUGCUUUUGAUAAAGACAAUGACAGUUGUGUCAGUGUAACAGAAUGGGUAGAAGGUUUAUCAAUAUUUCUUCGGGGGACACUGGAAGAAAAAAUAAAAUAUUGUUUUGAGGUCUAUGACAUGAACAGUGAUGGAUAUAUUUCACGGGAGGAAAUGUUUCAUAUGCUGAAGAACAGCCUGCUAAAGCAGCCAUCGGAAGAAGAUCCUGAUGAAGGGAUUAAAGAUUUAGUAGAAAUAACUUUGAAGAAAAUGGACUAUGACCAUGAUGGCAAACUCUCUUAUGCGGAUUUUGAAAAAGCUGUGAGAGAUGAAAACCUCCUUUUAGAAGCAUUUGGGCCAUGCUUACCUGAUAUGAAGUGCAGAAUGGCAUUUGAAUCACAAGCAUUCCAAGAUGGUCCCGAUCUGUAGCUUUACAAAUGACUUAUUAUACUAUGUGAAUGUCCUUGAAAAGGAUACCAUUAAUCUUUUUAAGUAAAGGCAAGUCAGAAAUAUAUUUCUCUAUACCUUUUCCUCUAUUUUCAUAUUGCCUUCAUUUCAAUAUACUUGCUAGAAAAACCAGUAAGACAUUAAUGGAAAAUUUUGAUGUGUCUACACUCUUGUGAAGCAAUACAUUCAAAAGGACUACAAAAACAAUGGAACAACAUACAUUUUAGUUUAAUUUCAGCAUAACUGCUGAAGUUUAUUAAAUAAAAUAUACAAAAAAUACUUUAAUUAUGCCAGAUCAAGCCAUACUUUCUAGUAAGAACUAUAUUCGUCUUCUUUGCUUUAAUGUUGGCUUUGCUUGACUUUUCACUGAUAUUCCACCAGGUAGAUCUGGAAUUUGAACUGGAGUCUGAACAGGAACAGCAACCUAAUAUGGAAAGAGGAAACUAAACUUAGUACAUUUUAACUAUUCAUUAAGCAGUUACUCUAGCUAGAUCUUUCAGACAGUUAACUGAACUAGCUGUACAGCAGGGAAUCAAAUAAGCAAAUUUUCUAAUGACUUGCAGCUAUUUCUCGAUUUACAUUUCACCCUACAAAUUGUGUCACUAAUUGUUUUUAGAACCAAAAUAAAGGAUGAGGUCCCCUAGGAUACAAAGAAACAUUUUUUGCUAAUAAUUUUUAGAACAAUAUACAGCCAUAAACAGGGAAUGCUAGCAAGCUAGUAACACAAAUAGUCAACUUUACAAACCUUCCAUUAAGCUGCACAGUAUUAACAUUUAAAUGAAAGUUAUCUAAUGCAAGAAGAAUAUGAGGCACCUUUGUCCUUCAUUCCUCUCCCAAGUAGCUAUGCUUAAGAAAUCAACAUAAGACAUAGAAGGGCAGCGUUUCACCUUAAAUAAACAACUGCUAUCCCAUUUCAGAACUACAGACCACAUAUUUUGAAAAUACUUAACAUGAGUUUACUAUAGCAUACCUCCUUUAGUUUAUUACGAAUCAAGUUUGCUGAGGUGUUCAAUGACUCAUCCUCCAUGUCUAUUUUAGGUGUUUCUGGUAACCUUGGACCAAUAAUUAUUUCUUCACUAUUAAUGUCUUUUCCAAAAAGGGCAAGUUUGUUGUCUUCAUCUCGUCUCCUCUUUCGUUCCUGCAGCUGAGUUGUUCGAGGCAUAAAUCUACCAAGUCUAUUAGUACAAGGAUCCUUUCUUUGCAGGUUGCAGUGGGUUAAUGUAUUGUGAACUCCUUGCUGCAAGCCCUGAGCCAUUAGCAUCCUCUGGCCUGAACACUCAGCUGCUUCAGCGCAGUCACUAACAUUCCGAGGUGCUGUUAACAUACUCUGACAUUGCUGUCCUAAAGGAGAUGUUACACUUCUCAGUGGCAAUUCAGAGUAGGAUGAUUGCUGAGGAUCGCAAAGAUGUACAGGUUGAUUCCAGUUACUAGUGGCUGCCUGAGAUGUACAAGAUCCAGAAGCAUCUAGCUGCACAGCCUUCUGAAAACUUGUACUGGAAUUCUUUACCUGCAGUUGAUCUUAAACAUAAAACACAAGCAGUUAACAUUUUGACUACCUAAUAUUUUUACACAAAAAUACUUUGAGUAAAACUGCGCUACAAUUGAAUAAUUUGACUUUAAUAUUGGCAUUUGUAUUAGAAUCAUAGAAUCAUAGAGUUGGAAGGGUUCCCGAGGGUAAUCUAGUCAAACCCUCUGCAAUGCAGAAAUCCUGCUCACAGUGACCCUGGAUGGGCUCAAACCACCAACUUUCUGGUUGCACUGACCCUGGUUGCACAGCCAGAUUCACUGACCCAUUGUGCCACAGGAGGCACAAUUCAAUGUUCAUAUUUUAGAGCGGAGAAGUACUAGUUUUAACUACUAUGCUAAUUCUCCAACAUUUUCAUAGACAAAAUGGAAAUGUUCCUCCCAAAGUAAACAGCAGUGUUGGAUGGUGGAGGUGUCGCCACAAACACUGCAGGGAGAAAAACUGUUUAAACUUUCUACCUGUUGUGGACUUAAUCCUGCUUGUGGGGAGAAGAGGCAUGUGGCACCUAUUUACAGUUCAAAAAAAGCUCAUGUUAAAUGCAAAGGUGUGUUAAAUAUCACAUUAGUUUGGCCAUGAGUUUACCCUGGAACAAAUCACAAUGAAAGAGCCAGGUUUGUUUUAUAAAGUUGGUGCUUGCCACCCCUACAUUCUUUAGGAGGAAGAGUAGGAUAUAAAUUACAUCAUAAUUUUUCUACUAGACUAAGUAGUCAGUGGAUAGGGUUUCCUUCAUAUUUUAUAUAUUACAAUUGAGCAAUAGUUCUGUCAGACUGAUGGCUGGUAUGCUUGUAACCUAACAGCUUUAUCAUCUGUUAAAGGCAUAGGAUUGUUUUAAUAAACUAUUAUUCAAAUUGCA